UCUCCCCACACAGGCAUCUUUGCUUACCUGAACUACCAUGUGCCCAGGACGAGGAGGGAGAUCCUGGAGACCCUCAUCAAGGGGCUGCAGCGCCUGGAGUACCGGGGCUACGACUCUGCAGGUGUGGGACUGGAUGGAGGAAAUGACAAAGACUGGGAGGCCAAUGCUUGCAAAAUCCACAUUAUCAAGCAGACGGGGAAAGUGAAGGCUCUGGAUGAAGAGGUUCACAAGCAACAGGACAUGGACCUGGACAUCGAGUUCGACGUGCACCUGGGCAUCGCCCACACGCGCUGGGCCACGCACGGCGAGCCCAAACCCGUGAACAGCCACCCGCAGCGCUCGGACAAGAACAACGAGUUCAUCGUCAUCCACAACGGCAUCAUCACCAACUACAAGGACCUGCAGAAAUUCCUGGAGAGCAAGGGCUACGACUUCGAGUCGGAGACGGACACGGAGAGCAUCGUCAAGCUGGUCAAGUACAUGUACGACAACCGCGACAGCGACGACAUCAGCUUCUCCACGCUGGUGGAGAGGGUCAUCCAGCAGCUGGAAGGUGCUUUUGCCCUUGUGUUCAAGAGUGUUCAUUACCCUGGGCAGGCAGUUGGUACCAGGCGAGGCAGCCCCCUGCUCAUCGGCGUGCGCAGCGAGCACAAGCUGUCCACAGACCACAUCCCCAUCCUGUACCGCACAGGGAAGGACAAGAAGGGGAGCUGCAACCUGUCCCGGGUGGACAGCACCACCUGCCUCUUCCCCGUGGAGGAGAAAGCUGUGGAGUAUUACUUUGCUUCUGAUGCCAGCGCGGUCAUCGAGCACACCAACCGCGUGAUCUUCCUGGAGGACGACGACGUGGCGGCCGUGGUGGACGGCCGUCUGUCCAUCCACCGCGUCAAGCGCACGGCCGGCGACCACCCGGGCCGGGCCGUGCAGACCCUGCAGAUGGAGCUGCAGCAGAUCAUGAAGGGUAACUUCAGCUCAUUCAUGCAGAAGGAAAUAUUUGAACAGCCAGAAUCUGUUGUUAAUACCAUGAGAGGAAGGGUCAACUUUGAUGACUACACUGUGAACCUGGGUGGGCUGAAGGAUCACAUCAAGGAGAUCCAGAGGUGCCGGCGUUUGAUCCUCAUCGCCUGUGGCACGAGCUACCACGCAGGAGUGGCAACCCGCCAGGUGCUGGAGGAGCUGACGGAGUUACCUGUCAUGGUGGAGCUGGCCAGUGACUUCCUGGACAGGAACACCCCCGUGUUCAGGGACGAUGUCUGCUUCUUCCUCAGCCAGUCAGGUACUCCUGGGCUCCCCUCCCUGCCCAGGCCGAGGGGGAGGCAGCAGGGCCCAGUUUGGUGCCUCUGGGGGGUGGCGUUGGUGCCUUGGCAAGGGACAACCCCAGAGCUGCCUUUUGUUAACCAAAAGCUGCAGCCUGGUGAGCCCAGGCUCAUUUCUGCUGCUGACCUGCAAGCAGAGCUGCCUCUCUGGGCCGAGGGGGCACCUGCUGGGUGCAGCAGUGACCCUCCCUGUGCCCCCCAGGCCUACACCAGCCAGUUCGUGUCCCUGGUGAUGUUUGCCCUGAUGAUGUGUGACGACAGGAUCUCCAUGCAGGAGCGGCGCAAGGAGAUCAUGAGGGGGCUCAAGGGGCUGCCAGACUUGAUCAAGGAGGUGCUGAGCAUGGAUGAUGAGAUCCAGAAGCUGGCCACGGAGCUGUACCACCAGAAGUCUGUCCUCAUCAUGGGACGGGGCUACCACUACGCCACGUGUCUGGAGGGAGCCCUGAAAAUCAAAGAAAUCACCUACAUGCACUCGGAGGGGAUCCUGGCUGGGGAGCUGAAGCACGGCCCCCUGGCCCUGGUGGACAAGCUGAUGCCUGUGAUCAUGAUCAUCAUGAGAGACCACACCUAUGCCAAGUGCCAGAACGCCCUGCAGCAGGUCAUUGCACGCCAGGGCCGGCCUGUGGUGAUUUGUGACAAGGAGGACAUCGAGACCAUCAAGAACAACAAAAGGACAAUCAAAGUGCCCCACUCGGUGGAUUGCCUGCAGGGCAUCCUGAGCGUCAUCCCCCUGCAGCUGCUGGCCUUCCACCUGGCCGUGCUCAGGGGCUACGAUGUUGAUUUCCCAAGAAAUCUGGCCAAGUCCGUAACUGUAGAGUGAAAGAUCAUCUGAAUCAUAGGGGCAAAGGGGAAUUAAAUGAAAGACUUUUUUUGGUACCAAAAUAACUCGAUUUUAAAGCCCCCUAGGUAAAUCUUAUUUUGGUAAAUUGUUGUUUGUGUACAAGAUCACCAUAAUUCCAUUGCAUUAGUGAUUGUCCAGUUGAUUCCACGUGCUACAUCAAUAGCUCUGGAUUUUUUUUUUUUUUGAUCAAUACUUCCAUGAAAGAUGUUAACUGGUUUUCCUUAAAGGUUGCUGAGUCCUCUGGUGAGGGGUUCCUCUGAGCUGGUGUCAUUGUCCCUUCCCCGACGUGGCUCAGCCCAGUCACUGCUGGGGAAGCUCUGAAGGAAUUCCCAGUGCCCUGUGGUGCUCUCAGGCAGUGAAGCAGGACACCAGGACACACCACUGGAGCAGGAGCUGGCACUGCUCACGCCUGGGCAGGAAUUUUAGCAGUGAAGGAAGCUGCAGGCAGCCUUGGGGUGCACCCCUGCCUCAGGAGCAGGAGGGAACUCAGCUGGCACAGCCUGCCAGGGAGGUGAUGCUGCCUCCAGGGGGUUUUAUCCAUCCCAAAUCCAGAGCAAGUGACAAUCUCCUGGCCAUGGUGGCCACGGGACCUGGCUCUGAGCUGCUGCUGCUGCUGCUUGGGGCUGUGAAAACAAGAGGAGCUUUUCCUGUGCUGAGGAUUUCCCCUGGAGCUGAGGGGCACUGAGAGCACCUGGGGGUGACACACCUGGGGGUGACACACCUGGGGGUGACACACCUGGGGGUGACACACCUGGGGGUGACACACCUGGGGGUGACACACCUGGGGGUGACACACCUGGGGGUGACACACCUGAGUGUGACACACCUGGGGGUGACACACCUGGGGGUGACACACCUGGCUGUGACACACCUGGCUGUGACACACCUGAGUGACCCAGCUCUGUGCAACACCUGAAAAAGAUAAAAAGGCUCCAUAAACACAACAGAAACAACCUUUGAAAAUUGCCUUGGUAAUAAAGAAAUUGCCUAAAGAAAUUACCUUGGCCAUAUUUCUGUAACAAGGUUGAAGAAUCAGAAAUGACACAGAAAAUGACACCUUCAGGACUGAAAACCUGACUUUUUCAGAGUCAUCCAAGGGCAGUUAUUAUGCAUUUCCUAAUGUGGAAAGGUGAAUUUCCUCCCAUCUUGCUGGGUUUUGAAUUGGCUUUCCACAGGCACUGUCAAACCUGCUGGUGACUGUUGCAGGGGAUUUACUGCCCCUGAAAAAUGGCUUUAAAAUGGGGAGUGCCCAGUAUUCCAAAGACUCUGUGGCAAUUCUGCUUGGUCUAAACCCCCAGGGACUCCUUCACUUCAGUUCAGUGCCAGCAAAGGCUCAGAUGAUGAGACUGAAAUGAAAUGAAAAAUGAAAUGAAAUGAAAAAUGAAAUGAAAUGGAAUGGAAUGAAAUGCUGGGUGCCUGGAAAAGCUUCUCUAAGCCAGUGCAUGUGUUUAUUAACCUGUCACAGCUGUUGGUUUGGGAACACACCGUGCUGCCAGUGUCUGUUGAAGAACAAAGUGAUAAAUUCUGCAUUUUGGUUCAGCACAAGCUGUGUGUGAGGCACUGCCCUGGCACAGCUGUGCCUAAACACCACCUGUACCCCCUCCCUGCUUCCCUGGAGGAGGAGAAUUGAGGAAAAAACAAGGAUUUUGCAAUCACAGGUGGGAGAGAGGUGCUCUUCCUCCUCCUCCUCCUCCUCAGCUUGCUUCAGAGCCCCUGCAGGGCUGGGUGUGUGCAGUGCCCCAUCCUUUGCUCUCAGAACAGCAUCUGUUAAUUAAUAUUAGUUAAUAAUCCCCUCGAGGGGGUGCUUCAAGGCCCUUUUCCUCCCCCUGCAGCCAGCCCUGCUUCCCUGCUGCCUGGCACAGAGCAGGGGGCAUGGCACUGUGCCAGUGGCACACCUUGCUGGAAGCUGCCUGCAGACAGGACCAAAGAGCUGAGCUGGCAGUGCCAGGGGCGUGCUGAGCUCCCUGGCUGUGCCCUGUGCCACACCAAGCCCUGCCCCUGCAGCUGGGGGCACGGAUGGCUCCUGGCACAGGCCGUGCCCCCUCCUCUGCUCUCAGACCCAAAGGGGGCUGCUGUGGGCUCAGCCCCCAGGGAUGCUCUGCAGCACAUUUGUAGGAAGAAUUUCCCUGCUGGGCACGGCAGGGAGCUCGUUGGCAUCUCCUGGUGGUUGUUGUUGCCAUGCAGUGUGAAGUGGGGAUGCACACAGGACUCUGCUGGCUUUCCUUACCUCACUCUGUCCCCGUGUUGCAUUUCUGAGCAGAUGAUGUCUCUCUUUCCCCUGGAAAGCUUUUAGGAUGUCUCGUGGUAUUUAUUAACAGCCAGUCAGUCUUCUGCUCUCCCAAAUGAAUGUUUUGCUUACUGAGCCAGUGAAAUUCUCUCCUUCCUCACUGAGGUGUUGCAAAAUUCAGUAGCUCUGUGUCUAAAAUUGAGCCACAGGUAAAUACAAAGGGAGGCCUUUGCCACCUGCACUGGCAGCUCCUCCCGUGGCCACAGCUUAUUUUGGUGUGAGUAGCUCUGCCCCUCACCUGCAGAAGCUCCUGGAGGGUUUUAAUUCCCAAAAAAAAAGCAGAGAGCUCCCAGCCCAGCACCCCUUUCUGCCCAGCAGUUCCCACAGGUUCCACACUCACACAAACUGAGCUGCACGUGGAGUUUGCUGCAGCCAGAAGGGUUUUGUAUCCCCCUGGCUCUGCUGCAGAAGGGCUGGGGGCAGUUUUUUCCCCCAGAUUUCUCACAGCCAGCACUCUGUGCAGAGCCCAUCAGUGCCUGGGGCUGCCCCUGGGCAGGGCCAUCUCCAAAACCACCCCCCAGAGCCUUUCCCAGCCUCCUGGCAUGAGCAGAACCCUCAGCCUGAGCCUUAAGCCCAGCCCAAAGCCUCUGAGGGCACAAAUGACACGCAGCAGAGCAGAGCUGGGCCUGUCCCCUCCCUGGCUGUCCCUGGUGCCACAAGCAGGUGCCUGGUGGAUGGAGGGAGGGAGGGAGGGGCUGGAAUUAAGUAGCUUAAUUAGCAGGUCAGUGUUUAGCUGUGGCUAAUUUUAGAUCCUACCUGAAUGUACCAAACUUGCCUCAAAGCAUGGAGUCCCUCCUCUUCACCAGGACAGGAAGAAGAAGAAGAAACAAAAGUAUUUGGGUUGGCAAAAAAAAAAAAAAAAGGAAAAAAAAAGAAAAGAAAAAAGAAAAAGAAAAAAAAAAGGAAAGAAAACUUCUUUGCCUUCAAUUCAGUUUCUGUAAAUAGACAUUUGAGUGGCAAACCCACAUUUCCUCUGUGUAGAUGCUCUGUGCUGUACAUAUCCAGCUGGCUGGGCUUGUGGGGACCAGACUGCACCGUGUUUGUUGUGUGCUGUAGCAGGAGCUGUCUUCUUUCUGUCUCUAGUGUUCAUCAUUCGGGUUUUGUCUCUUUGCUUACUUUUUUUUGUAUCUCACCCUUUGAAUAAAAUCAAGUGCCCUACAUUAA